UUAUUCAUUAGUGGUGUAGGUAGGCUAUGAUUUUGUAUUGCUUCAAUGUAGCACUCAUUUUUACAAUGUUUAGUCUUGUGAUAUCAUACACAUAUUUGCAGGUUACAUUUUUAUCGUGUGGUUAUGUAGGCCCAUUUAAUAGCCUUUAAAAGAAGAAAUAGGCAAAGAAAGGGGGAUUUUGGCGCGGGAGAGCUUUGAUUUUGAGAGAGGGGAAAAAAAAGAUCUGUGUGGUUGUGAAGCUGUCUGGGCAUUUCUAAAGAUUUACAAUUUUUUCUUAAAGAGGAGGAGGACGGGGGUGGAAAGAGAGAUUGCUAUAAGGAGAAAGAAAGAAAAAAAAACGACCAAACAUGUUGCCUUCCCAAGAAGCCUCCAAGAUCUACCAUGACAAUUAUAUGCGCAACUCCCGAGCCAUCGGGGUGCUGUGGGCCAUCUUCACCAUCUGCUUCGCCAUCGUCAACGUGGUGGUGUUCAUCCAGCCCUACUGGAUCGGCGACAGCGUCAACACGCCGCAGGCCGGCUACUUCGGCCUCUUCCACUACUGCGUGGGCAGCGGGCCGUCGCCCAGCCGGGAGCUCACCUGCGUGGGCAGCUUCUCCGACUUCAGCUCCAUCCCGUCCGGAGCCUUCAAGGCGGCCUCGGUCUUCGUGCUGCUGUCCAUGGUGCUGAUCCUCAGCUGCAUCGCCUGCAUGGCGCUCUUCUUCUUCUGCAACACCUCCACCGUUUACAAGACCUGCGCCUGGAUGCAGCUGCUGUGCGGAGUGUGCCUGGUGCUGGGUUGCAUGAUCUUCCCCGACGGAUGGGACGCCGAGGUGAUCCGGGACAUGUGCGGGGAGCAGACAGGGAAAUACUCCCUGGGCGACUGCUCUGUUCGCUGGGCCUAUAUGCUGGCCAUCAUGGGCAUCCUGGACGCCCUCAUCCUCUCCUUCCUGGCCUUCGUCCUGGGCAACCGGCAGACGGAUUUCUAUCUUGAUGAUUUGCAGACAGAUAACAAAGAUUUUGCUGUGUCAAGGAUUGAGGUGCGGGACAGAAGAGAACCGAGGUACGGAGUGCAGCGUCUCCACUGAGGGCAACAAAGGCACUGGACAACUUCUCUACUCUUCUCUAUCUGAUUCCUUCCCUCUCCUCUUUUCUCCCCCUCUGCUCUCUUCUUUUCUUCUCUUCUCUCCAAUGAUCAGGAUAUCACCCAAUCUUAAUGCAGACACCAAGUGUACA